CCGUUCCUAUUCUUCACCUUUGUUAUUCCUUUGAAAAGAUAUCUGGCUGCGUUCGCCAUUUUGAGCCGCAGACUACGAAUCUCGAUUACCGUUGACAGGAAUGGACGCCCUGGACUCCGUCAUCGAUCCUCUCAGAGACUUUGCCAAGGACAGCGUACGCCUUGUCAAGCGCUGCCACAAGCCUGAUCGCAAAGAGUUUACGAAGGUGGCGUUUCGUACAGCUAUCGGUUUCGUUGUGAUGGGAUUUGUCGGCUUCUUCGUGAAGCUGAUCUUCAUUCCGAUCAACAAUAUUAUCGUCGGGUCGAGCUAGGUUGACAUUACUAAAGAUAUGGCGAGGCUAGCUACAGGCAUGCUUGGGAUUUGUUCUUACGUUAUUGUUCUUUUUAUUUGUUACACGUGAAACUCUGAAAUCAGUAAAACAUGAAACUUUAGUUCUUUAUGUUUCUUUUGUUAUACGCAGUACUUCGUAGGUAAUGAUGGUUGAUUUUCACUUUGAUACUGUUCCUGUGUUUCUGCAUUUUGGUGUUUACAUAAGUAAAAAUUAAAAUAUAGAAGAAAGAAGAUCAAUAGAAUGGUUUCCCAAUAAAUUCCCUCAACUGUU